AUGGAGCGUUUACAAGAUGAGCAGACACAGAAGUUCCUUGGCACAGCUAGCGUCCGUUUAGAAGUUUUGGACUUCUCCUUAACUCACGACACAAGACUGCCUGGUAGUGAGCCUGAUUGGGAUAACGUCGAGAGUCUAGGGGGCCUUUUUCUGAACGGGAUAAGUUUUGCACCGCACCAGAUUAGCCACCAAAUCCCGGCGCUGAUUGACCAGACGCAGCUCAAUGAGGCGCUGAAAAAUGCAAAUGUUUCUUCUGAAAGACUCAAGAGAAAUGAUGUUGAAAUAGUAGAACUAAACUUUGCAACCGGUUCACGCGUUCACUGCCUGCGAGGACAAGAUCGUGUUCUAGCAGCGAUGAGGGUUGCUGAAGACAUGAACAGGCGGUGGGUAAUUCGUCUCUACCAACAAGAUCUCAGUUUGGAGGCAAUCAAGGAUUUGAAAGACGAGAGAUCAAGCGAAAAAGAGCCCAGCGACGCCGAGCUUCUCUACUGGACCACCCGUUUCUGGCUCGAGCAUGAGGAUUCCCUCGACGAUCAUCAAAACAAGUGGCUCGCGCAUCUUACCCGCAAGUCAAAAAGUAAAGCGACGGGUUUGCAGCGCUUGUGGAAGAACCACGUCAAGUAUAAGAAUUUAAUUCGAGAGUUUGAGAAAACUCCCGCACUUUUCGGCGGGGCACAACUUGGCAAUAUAUCGCGAUGGAUCUCCGCGCCUGAUAAGAUGAACGUCAACCAAAUGAAGAGAGUACUCGACUUUUGGCGGGACAUUUGCGGCUCCAACGAUAGCAUUAAAUCGAGACUGUCAACGAGGAUGCUCGAAGAGGUUGGGGGGAAAACCCCAGGGUCCAGCAAAAAACACCAUGACGAUAUCCGAGAUAUGGCCAAUAAGAUUCUCCGGAACUUUGAGGAUAACGAGAGACGGGAUAUCCUCAAUCGAUUGGAAUAUGCUACGAGAGAUCGUUUGGUGCCCACAUUUAGCAUCUUUAUCAAAAACAUCGGUUACCUGAAAGAAGUCACCGGCUGUCUUCGACAUUUGGUCAGUGGGACACCACAGAACAUAAGAAAAAACCUAGAUGACGCGUUUAGUAAGAGAAACCCAUGCAUGCUACAAGUUGCGGAUAACCGUUGCAAAUGGGUGGAGGCGGGCGAAAUCAAUGAAAAAGAGUUGGCGUACAGGCAGCUCUGGCUUUUUGCUCUCCGAGAGCACCCAUCGAUAUCACAACAGAUCGAGAGGAAGAAAGCAGCCCCUAAGUAUUUUAUAGAUGAGUCAAAACUUUACCAAUUCGCUCUUCUAGCCCAGAAGCUUGGUUAUUGCACGCCACAGAUCACCGCGAUUGUGAAUCAGCCACGCAUGAUACUGCCAUCCACAGGAGAAAAGUCUUUUUCAAAGACGCCAGGCGAUUCCUCAAAUUACUCAGAUGGAAAGCCUCUAUCCAAGGAUCAAGAAGAACACAAGCAUUCUCUUUUCCUAGAGAACAUCCACAAGCCGUUCAGCCCAGAGUGUCCGGGGUCAAGGUUCUUUUUCAGUCAACGAUCACUGUACCUUGAUGUAUUCGGUGAUGAAUUCAAGGGCAUAGAGAAUUUCUUGAAUGCGGCCGCCUUUUCUGACGAACAGAGUCUGGGAGACGAAGCUAUACAAGUUGAUAAGUGGCAGGAGGCUACAAUACGAAAGGACAUCCAGGAGUUAUCGGACAUAAAAACGAAGCUAGAGGAGGAGGUUCAGCAGCUACGAAAAACUGUGACAUCAGAAGGCGAAGACGCCCAAUCCAUGAGAAGCCAAUUCUGGGAAAUGGCGAAUAAAGUGAAAGAAAAAGAAGAAAGCCUGGAGAAUAUUAACCGGAAUAUCGAGGCGAAGAAGAAGGUGGAGGCCGAAUUGUUCGAAAAGACCAACAAACAAAUCGAAAGGUUGGAAAGUGUUCGAUCGAGAUUACGAGAGGACGAACAACGUGAACAGGAUGGUGCUGGAAGGUUAAGAACUCAAGAAGAAAAGGAGAGAGAUCUCGAAUCCAGAGUCAAGUCUCUGAAAGAAGAGAUCGACACGCUGGUGUGUAUUCAGAACCGUAGCUCAUUCGUCCCUAUAGGAGAACCUGACCCCUUGCAGAACACAGAAAAGUGUAACACUGAAACGAUACUCCAACUGCAAAAAGACAAGGAGGAGCUCGAGAAAAAGAUGGACGAUUUGAAAGAAGGAAUUGAUGCACCAAGUCACAUAGACCAGCAUCCCGAAAAAACGUGUGUCGAGCAGCAGCAUACAUCAGUACUUCACCAGCCUCCGUCUUCUACGCUGUUGGAGAUUAAGCUCAACUUUCAUGAAUCGACCGAGAUAGUCAAGGUAGGGCAAAGGGUGUUGAGAGCUUGCCUGGAGAACUUUGCUGCGCAGGGAUAUAACUUCCGAGACGAGAGAGGCGGUUUCCUCAUGGCAAAUACUUGCUUUGACGUAUUGAGUCUGCUGCCACCUGAGGAACGUACCAUUCGUCUCAUACAUAGAACUAAACGGAAAUACGCCUUACUUGAGUCCGACCCAGAGGGGAUUUUCGAGGCCAGGAAAGAAGAAGCUUCGUCUCGGAAGAAGACACAUAAUAAGAUUUUGUACGAGAAACUGGUACCAUAUGAGAAAUUGACAGCAAAGGAACUCCUCGAAAUGUACGGUGAAAAGAGGGACAGCACACAGAGUAAGGUACCGCGGGGGCACAAAGGUAUCAGCACAAGGCAGAAUAAUAAUAAAAAGGGCAUUUAG